UUGGCCAGUUCUACUUCUUAAUCCGGAAGAGGAUCCACCUGAGACCCGAAGAUGCCUUAUUCUUCUUUGUCAACAACACCAUCCCUCCCACUAGCGCGACCAUGGGCCAGCUGUAUGAGGACAACCACGAGGAAGACUAUUUUCUGUACGUGGCCUACAGUGAUGAGAGUGUCUACGGGAAGUGA